CUCUUCCUGUGUAUAGUAUACCUCUCCCUGUGUAUACUCUAUGACCCUGCAUUACGGUUGGAGCAGCAUGGAGUGACAUCAGCCAUUGCUGGGCCUGCCUGCCGCCAUCUCUCCGCCUCACUCCCGGGAUAUCGGCUUGUGUAAUAGGCCUGCUGCCGGCAGAGAGCGGCCGCCAUGCUGUGGGGCGAGGGUUUGCUGCUCUCCUUCAGCAGCGUCUUCGUGCUCCUGCUCCUGACCACCCGCAGCCCCCAGCUCUCCGCCUUCCUGACCGGCGGCCUCUACCUUCUUCUCGUCCUCUUCAGGUUCGAGCCGGUCCCGGAGUCGCGGGCACAGCAGGUGCUGAAGCCCCGGGGGAAGGUGUCGAGCAUUGCCCACAGAGGAGGCGCCCACGAUGCCCCUGAGAACACCCUGGCCGCCAUCCGAGUGGCUGCACAGAACGGAGCCGUGGCUGUGGAGCUGGACCUGGAGUUCACUAAGGACGGAGUGCCUAUUCUCAUGCACGAUGACACAGUAGAACGGACGACAGAUGGCUUUGGGAAAUUAAGUGACCUUACAUUCACGGAAGUCAGGAAGCUGAAUCCUGCGGCUAAACAUCGCUUACGGAGUAGAAUUAAAGGGGAGAAAGUUCCGACUUUGCAGGAAGCCGUAACAGAAUGCUUACAUCACAAUCUGAUCAUUUACUUUGAUGUUAAAGGCCACGCGGCUCAGGCGGCUGAAGAUCUUAGGAAGUUGUACGUGGACUUUCCUCGCCUCUACAACUGCAGCGUUGUCUGUUCUUUUGAGCCCAGUGUCAUCUAUAAAAUGAGACAAGCAGACGUCAAUGUAGUCACCGCUCUGACGCACAGGCCGUGGAGCCUCAGCCAUCUUGGGGACGGUAAACCUCGCUUCGACUCCGCUUGGAAGCAUUACUUCUAUGUCUCAAUGGACGUCCUGCUGGACUGGGGGCUGCACCACAUCCUGUGGAAUCUGUGCGGAGUGUCUGCCUUCUUAAUGCAAAAGAAUUUCAUCUCCAGCGAUUACGUGGAGAAGUGGAACAGGAGAGGCAUAGAAGUGGUGGCAUGGACGGUCAAUACAGCCGCGGAGAAGCUUCACAGUGAGCGGACCCUGCACAGCAACUACAUCACGGACAGCUUGGUAGAGGAUUGUGACCCCCACUACUGAAAUGUCCACCAUACUGCUAUCUUCUUUCAGAUUCAGUAAUUUUAGGGCCGUCCAUUAUGUCAUUUAUGUCGUUGACGUGUUUGUUUUAGGGCCUUCAGAGAUGACUUAUAAGGGUGGUCAGCCUUAUAGUGGGGCUCUGACCGGUGAAACUAAUCCACCCUCUCAUCCAGGGAACAGACUGCGCACACCGUCGGUCACCCCCGCCAGAUCCGGAUAUUAAAACCUCCUCCUACCAUUUUGUGAACCCACUUGAUGGAUAUACAUAAGAAUAACAACUAAUGCUGAUUUAUACAAAACUUGAGAAAGCAAUCUCUAUAUGACUACAGUAUCAUUCAUUAUACAUGAGUCCCAGCCUCUGUCACUGUGAAAAUGGCAUACAAUCUGCAGGCAGCAGGUUAUAGAGCAGGAGGAGCUGAGCGGAUUGUCAUCUAGCUUUGUGAAAGGCUUCAGUAAAACCUGUAAUUUGUGUUUAAGCCUCUGCUCUUUCUGAGCUCAGUUGUACAUGGGGGCCAUCUUAACAGUAUUCUCUAUGCAAAGGCUCAUGCACAUGACCAUAACUUGCACUAGUGUCCGAUCAACAAUUUUUGCAGAUUGUACACGGAACCCAUUAGUGUCUAUGGGUCCUUUUAAAAAUCAUGCAGAUGUCACCCAUGUGCUCUCCACAUCCGUGUGUCCCUAACACAAAUUACAGAACCUGUCCCAUUCUUGUCCGUAUUGCGGACAAGAAUAGUUAUUUCUAGGGAUAGGAGUAAAAAAAAAAAAAGCAGAGGUGUCUGUAUUUUGUGGAUCAGUGGUUUGUGGACGGCAAUACAUACAGACACAGUUGUGUGCAUGAGGCUUAAAGGCUAUGUACACCUUUGGGGGCAAUCUUUUUAUUAUUGCAUUGUACUUAUUUUGAGCUAAAAAUCUUUUUUUCAAUUGGUCUUUAUUAAUAAUAUAGAGCC